ACAGACACGCCUUCUAUUCAGACCUCACCUGCAUAAUUGUAACACAAUACUAUCAGCCGUCAUACCUGACGUUGGACCUUAGCACUUGCAAGCUAGAAAGGACUAUGAACUGGGGAGAGUCUUUAUCAAGGUUAAAUUUCUAGACCAAGAUAAAGAUUCUAGAAGAUCUAGAAGAUGUAGAAGAAUCUAUGCAAGGACUUGUAAGAUACAAGAACCAGAAACCGGGCAGGAAAAAUCACUACUGACCCUUCACACCCUGGACACACUCCCUUCUGAAUAAAGUUUUCCUUGAUGUGCUAUCCAUAAAGAUCCCUUACAUCGAGUGUUUUUAGCGUUUGACCAAAUUCAGCAGGAUGCCCCUAAGGACAACAUUACAAGGUAAGCCUCCUUCAGGAAGAUGGCCAAGGAGAUCGUCAAAGAGGAAAUCUCUGUCCGUGAACAUGAUCAGUCUUCCACUGGCAGAUUUCCGACACCUCACCCACGUUGACUCGGAUGCAAACAGAGACAGCUUUGGAGACCUCUCUUUCCUGAAGCAGGGCAGCAGGUUGCUGCUGCAAAGCUCUCAGAGUGAGCAGAACCUGCUCCAGGCUUGUAUGCCUCCUCAAAAGCCUCCUCGCCUCAUGAACGAAACAGAGCCGAGCCAGGAAAGCGAUGACUGGGGGUUCCGAUACCAGCCUUUGACUGAAACACGUGUAAAAUGUAACUCUCUCCCGCUUCUGGACACUGAGGAUGCAGAGGAAGAAGCUUACGAACUGAAUCAAGAAGAGCCUUGUAUCAGUAAAAGCCCUGUCUGGGGGAGCCUCAGCUCAGGUAAAGCUUCAACACAGACUGCUCCUGAGGAAUUCCAGCCAGAUGAAUUUGACACAACUUUCACUUUUAAUCUAGACCUGGGGCCCUCUAUAUUGGAUGACGUACUGCGGGUUAUGGAUAAACUCCACCAGUAAAGGAAAAACUGUGCCAUGUGAUGAGUUAUGUAUUAAUGGAAAACCGGUGUGUAGACAUCCUGACCUCACUGGAAGAAUACCAGAUACAGAGUGUUGAGGACAUCCCUAAUAUAGACAAUAAUAAACAAAGCUUGUUAUUCACGUUGGGGUUCAGUAUUUGACUACAGUCAGGACAACCAAAAUUAACAAUCACAUGUUAGAAAUAUUAAAUACGGGGCUGCUAAUGUGACAUAUAUAAUUUUAUACUAAUAUUUCUGUCCUUUUGGCACUGUUAUGAAUCAGACUUGUAACAAUACUGUACAUGGAUAGUUAAUAGUUUUUUAAAACUGAUUUUAGGAUAUUUAAUAUUAUAAUAUAAUUUCUCUAGAACUGAAGCUUUUUAACACAUACUUACUUAUCAUACAUAAAAAAAAUUAUUACUAUUAUAUAAGAUGUAAAGCACAAGACAUCCUCAUCCUGUAUUUCUACAAUAAGACUGAAACAGUUUUAGGCUUAUUUUUAUAUUUUCCAUUAUCUUGAUUUGAAUAUCCAAAUAAAAGACUUUAAAAAGA